AUGCAACCAGCAUAUUUUGCUAUUCGUGCCUUCAAUGUCGAAUUAGCACGUAUUCCAGAUGUUGUCUCAAUACCGCAAAUUGGCGCGAUGAGAAUGCAGUUCUGGCGGGAUACGAUCGAUAAAACUUUCAAACUUGCUCCUCCUGCCGAACCAGUUGCUAUCUUGUUGGCGUCCUACCUUGACCAAGGCCAUAAAUUGAGCAAGACCUGGUUUCAGCGUAUUAUUACCACCAGAGAUCGCAAAUUGACCCACCCUGGAUUUACUAAUAUGAAUGAAGUUGAGUCUUAUGCAGAGUCAACAUAUUCCACACUUCUUUAUCUUACGCUCUCCGCAUUGCCGCUUGAAUCUAUUACAAUGGAUCAUCUGGCAUCACACGUUGGCAAGGCCGCCGGAAUCACGACCAUACUUCGUGGGGUUCCAUUACUGGCUUUUCCACCUCCACCGAACCAGCAUUCAAAUAAUCCCGCAGGCAUGGGUCUUCCUGCAACGCGUGAAAAGCAAGGUGUGAUCACUUUGCCCCUUGACAUAAUGGCACAAUGUGGGGUUCGAGAGGAAGACAUCUUCCGCAAUGGAUCAAAUGCCGAAGGACUUCGUGAUGCAGUGUUCAGCGUUGCCACUCGCGCUUCUGAUCAUCUCAUCACCGCAAGAACUAUGCUCAAAAAUGUUGCAGAGGAGAAGUCCCCGGGUCAUGAAUUCGAGCACAUGGAUGACGAGGGCAGAGACUAUAGUAGGUAUGAAAGUGAAAGCGACACGUCUGCUCGAAAAACACGAGACGACAAGGACCGAGGUUUCGGUAUCAUUAUGGGUCCCGCUGUCAGCACUCAAUUAUGGUUGAACCGGCUGCAGAAAGUGGAUUUCGACAUAUUUCACGAAAGUCUGCGACGUGCUGAGUGGAAGUUACCAUUUACUGCCUGGAAACGAUAUAGAACAGGAGACCUUUGA